UAAGGUUAAAAAUAGUAAAUCGGAGAUUUUCGGAAGCGGUCGUGAAAGCUCGGCAGUCGGCAGUGCGCGGCCGCCCGCCUAACAGCGCGCGCGCAGGCUUGGGCGGAACGAAUUUAUCGAUAGUAUUUUAUAGUAAAAUAUGUAGCUAUUACUUAAGUGGGAUUAAAACAAUAGGGAGAUGUAAAUUAAACCUAAUACUAAGCUGAAGUGAAAACGAUAUACUUAGGAUAUGCAAGUGUUAUAAAUAAUCGAUAAGUUCUACAACGAAAGUUGGACUUCAACUAAACCAAAAGUAUUAAAAGUGAAACGACAUAAAAUAUUAAGUGUGUGAGUUAAAUAUUUAGUUAUAAAGCUGAUCCGCUCAGCCUCAUAUAAAAAUAUUAAUAGUGCAGUUUAGACAAUAUUUAGAAAGCAAUGUAUCACUAGUAGCAAAUCACGAAAUGCAUUCCGUAACAUUCUGUCUCGCCCCGCCGAACUCCGCACGUGCGUUUAUUUUCAUUUAUAAAUAGGCCAGACGCAGCUGCAGCAUGAUGUCAUUGAAAGAAAGCAGUGACGUCACUGACGGCCAUGAGAAAGAAAAAGAGUUGGCCGAGCUUCCUCCCAGCGGGACUUCUCUGCAUAAGCGGCGGAGAGGCGAGCCUCCGGCCUCGCUCUCAGUAAAACCACAGACGCCAUCUGACGAGGGAUCCUCGCCUUACACUGCCGGACCUAGCUUAGAAUACUCCUGGUCACUCCCUGAAGGAGAAGUCCUCGACCCAGAAAUGCUAUGCGAAAGCAUGCUCCAAAGACUCAAAGAUCGUGACGACAUAGCUUCUAAACGGGGUAAAGAUCUCGCUGUGAAGACCAAAGAUACUGUCGAAGCGUUAGAACAGCUAGAGAAGUUAGUACAGCUGUUGGAUCAAUUCGUAACUUUGAAAGAGCAUAACGCCCGUCUUUUAAAAAAGUUGCGUGACGUGAACCAUUUGAAGCGUCUGCAUGAAAUGUAUAAGAAGAUAGAACAAGAAAACGUGCUGUUAAAAUCUGAAGCUAAGGAAAUGCAGAUGAUAAAUGAAGCGUUUGACGCUGAAUUAGAAAGCGAGUAUGGUCAGGUGUUGUUUGACAGUAUAAUGGCUGGAGGAAGGAGUAUGAAGAGGUCAGGGUCAAAGUGGAAGAGUCAUGGAAGGUUUGGGGGCUCGUUACUCAGAAGACAGAGGGCCAGGUCGGCGGGAGGGGAUGAAAGUGACGCGACGCCGGGUACGCCGCUAAGAAGACGAUCGGAGGGCAUUUUUUGCAAAGAAGUGGAGAAGUCUAAAGUUUCAAAGUGGACUAAAGUGAAGGCCGCUUUUAGAUGGGAGAAGGCCCAAUGGCCGCAGACAACCGGCAGCGCGGUGGCGUGCGGCGCGAUGGUGGGGGCGGUGGCCCUCGCUGGCUCCUCUCCGCCAGGCCUGGGCUCAUCCCCUCCAAGUCUAACGCACCCUGAGCGGGACUCAGCAAGCCUUACUCCUGGCAGCGCGCUCUCACUCACGCCUAAUUCUAGCUGCGAAGAGUUACGGGAACCAGGCCUGUGCCGAAAGAACAUCCUGCGCUGUGACGAAAAUGACAACACCUUUCUACAUGCUCCUCCGCAGGAUGAUAGUUCCACCUCUCCAUCCCCAAACAAACUCCACAAAGGACCCUGGGGCAAGAUGCGAGAUAUCAUCCAAACUGGGCGGGAAUCCGUCAGGAAGAAGACCAGAGGAUCCAAGAGUUCUCCAGACGUGGUACCUUUGAGAAGAAGGUCUCUUAGUGAUGGAGGAGACAGUGACGCCCCACCAGCGCUGACGUUGACUAUACCUUCAUCUGAGGAGUUAGAAUCCGAGCCAUCCCACCCCGUUCUCCGCAAGCAGCGCUCACUCGAACUAGGCGCGAGGCCGCCGCAGCACCGGCCUCCACGGGCCUCGAAAUGGACGAAGGUGAAGCGAGCUUUCCUCACGUCAGCCUCGGCGUCCGUACCCUCCAGCCCCAAUAGACACUCGGCGUUCUUUACAGAUGUUGAAACUGAAGGCUUGAGCAGUGGGUGCGAAGCCAGUGGCUUCCGAGAUGAGAUUGCUCGAGAUUAUGCUGCCCUGCAGACGCGGUUGGGACGAGAAUUCUCCGACCGCAGGGGGAAACUCAACAGCGAAGCAGUCUCAAAAGGCCCUGCGCGCCCUGUCCCGACCAGGGAACAACUGUCAGCAGAUUUCCAGAAAAAGCUGGAUGAAUGGCAGAUGCUAAAGGGAAUGCAGACGCCACCUUUUGUGCCGGAGCGCAAGGAUCUGAGCGAGGACUUCUUGAAAAAGUGGGAUGCAUGGAACCGUAUGAAAAAAACGAACUCUGUGCCCUCAUGGGGAGAGCAAAGCAAGCCGGAUCAGGUUCUGGUGCAGACGUCUACAGGUCUCUUCAAGUUCCAAGGCAUAUCUCGCUCUUUCACACGUAAGCUUCAUGAGUGGGAGAAGUCACGAGGUAUCGCCCCCGAAGCGUCGACAUCAGCGCUUCUACGUGCCGCCCGGGCACGCAGUAAAGCGGCAAGGGCGGCGCCAGCGCAACUAACAAGAACACAGUCAGAUGGCAGCGUCGCGCCAUCUAUGGCAUCCGGGCACCUCCACGCCUCUAGUCUGAGCGUUAAUGACGCUGAUGACUUCGAAUCGGAGUAUGAGAGGGAACACUUGAUGGUGGACGACGAAGACCCGCCAACCCGCGGCGCAGUCCUGGUAGAAGUAGAAGCCGAAGAGGUCUGUACAGCGGCACCUUUAGUGGCCGUCUCCCCUCGCCCCGCUCCGCAGCAACCGGUGUAUAGCUAUGGACUUGCUGAAGCAAGGUUGCUAUGUGAAACUAGCAGUGCUGCAGUCACGCAGCCUAACGAAGGAUCUCGCACAGUGAAAGCAAAUGGACAGACUGGCGCCAAACCAAAGACCACGCGCGACCAGUCAAAACCUUCAGAAAAGAACAACAGAAGAAAAAUGGCGAGGCAACCAAGCAUAGAGGAAGAUGCAAAGUUUAUCAGAAAAACCAUAGAAGAAAUAGAAAGGGGCAGUUCCAGUCGGUUUACUGAAGAAAAAGAAGAUGUUGAACAUGAAACACAUUAUGAGCCAGCCACAGUCAGGGAAGAAGUAGCUAAAGUAUACAAUCCUCCGAAAAAUAUUAAACAAUCUGAAGUUAGAGAAAAAACAAAGAGUAAAGAAGACAUCGAAGAUCCAAAAGACGACAAAAAGAAAGAUGAUAACAAAAGCAAUGGGAAAAAGAAAUCUAAGUCACGAGCCAGACUGGAAAGAGAGCAAUCGAAGCCUUCAGAGAGUGACACGGAGCAAGAUGUGGACACGGUGACUGUGGAGAUUCCAAGGAGAAGAAAGAGACCACGACGGGCUUCGGAGAGGCCUAGAACUCCGCCAACAUCAUUACAUUCGGAUUCCGAAGGAGAGGUCUUCGUUCUCAAACUGAAAGCUCCCGGACCCCGGGAGGGUUCACCAGAAGUCAUAGUCAAAACAACCCGUAAAAUAUUUUCUCCCGUCGUCCGAUGCGGCGAGUCAGUCCCCAGAGCUGUCAUCCCAGUCGACGUCGAAGAUCUAGACGACGUUCGACCUUCAGAGCAAGUCAGACAUACUAAAAAGGCUGAAAGAAAGGCGAAGCAGGAGUAUUCUCGUUCGAAGAGCUCUGGGGAUCUCCAAGAGGAGCAGAGGCCUACGUCGAGGCCGCCUCUGCCUACGUCACCGUCGUCACAGAGGAAACCACAGCCUAAGGAAACUGCCCCGUCAAUAAGGAUUAUGAUUCAGCGGUACAAUAUGAAGAUCAGUGAGGAAGGUCACACGCCUCCCAGCAGUGGUGCUUCCUCACCGGCCUGGCGCUCCCCUGCUCUAGAGAGACGACGCCCUCCCGACAUGCCCGUUGGGGUUAAUAUAAGAAAUAACCCAUUUCUCGAGAGGGAAGUCCAGAAGUCAGCUAGCGCCUGCCAACUAUCCAGGAGAGAUCAAACGUCAGCAGAAAAACGACUAACACCCGUCCAGCCACCCGGCCUAGAUGGUGUCCUCAAAUCCCGUAGUGCCAACGCUUUACACCCCGAACCACCUAUACCAGAAACCCCAUUGCAUAAAGAAAUGGAAGACAGCCAAGAAACUAUAAAAUGCAACGCAAGCACAGACACUAUUGUACCCGAUCUUAUUAAUGUACCUGAGAAACCUAAUCCGAUAGUCGAGACUACGCUUUUAAGACAGAUGUCCGAAGUCCCAAGCAUAACUAAAAUAGUGAAAGAAAACCCUGAGUUGUUUGCGAGGUCUAUAUCGACUGUGGAGUCGGUGGCCAUGGAGGUUGAAGCUAGUCAGCUGUCGGAGAGAGCGGCGAGGAUUCGAGCUGCGAGAGAGAGGUUCCUUUCGUCUCCUGUUCCCAUGAGGAGGGAAGGGACAAGCUCGGCUAGUGAUCUUAGGCCUGGAGAUAGAUCCAGUCGCAUCAGCUGCGAGAGUGACGUGACAGAGUCCCAGUCCUCUGGUCCGCAGGAGUCCACGCUUGGCCGGAGUGCUUCAACAGGCAUGGUCAAUGUUGACCCAGAGUCCUGGCAACGGGUCGCAGAAGGAGGUCGCGGCGAGAGACGCACACGCUCCCGCUUCAGCCUCGCGCGGCUAGCGGCCCGCCUACGCCGGAAGGACCGCGACGAAGGCGCUGUGUCACGGCUUUGCCGACAGAGUUUACUAGUGCACCUACCCAACAAACACUGAACAAUGUACAAUUGUCAUCUUGGCUAGACGCUUCGUGGUCUCC